AUGUUUACGUACCACAAAGAUUCUUACUGUCAUUGGUUUAGUAGUUUGAACUGUGAAAAUUACUCUGAAUUCCGAUUGGUUGGAGCUGUUUUUCAAGAGGAAUUUGGUGUCAUAAAGUGUUAUGAUUUAAAGCCUGAUGGGGAUAAAAUACCAGUUACCAAUGAAAAUAGAAAAGAGUAUGUGCAGCUUUACGUAGACUUUCUUCUCAAUAAAUCAAUCUACAAACAGUUUGCUGCAUUUUAUUAUGGAUUUCACAGUGUUUGUGCUUCCUAUGCAUUGAUGGAGUUAGCUCAUGGAUUAAAUGAGCUGCUAGCCUAUGAAGGGAAUGUUGAAGAAGACUUUUAUUCAACCUUCCAGCUGGGGGCUAGACAGCACAUCAGCCAAAAUUAUUUAAUAAUUUCAGAUUUUAUUUUAGUCUGGUUACCCAUUGCCCAUACUUGCUUCAACCAGCUCUGCCUGCCUCCCUACAAGACGAAAAAGGAGCUGAAGGAGAAGUUGACCAUUGGGAUUUCAAAUGCAGAAGGCUUUGGUUUGGAAUAAAACAACUUUUAAAAAGCAUAGCGGAUGUAGCACCUGCUUUCUACUGUGCCUUGAAAGCUUCUUAUGUUUCAAUCUCUCAAUACUGUGACAGUCUUACUUAGAACUGCGUGAACCGUUGCUGUUUUUUAAGGAGUGCAUUCUUUUUUCUGUAUAGAAAUACGUUUAGUCUUUCUUAUAGAAAUUUUGUAUAAAAGUCUUAAUCUUUGCAAUACCUGUCAGGAUUAUCAAAUAUACGAUGCUAUACAGUCAUCUAAUACAAGAAAGACAACUAUCAAGAAUUAAUCUCUUAUCACCUCGAAUUGUUUUGCACUAUACAGGGAUGAGGUCCAGAGUAAAUUAUUAUUGCUCACAAUUGCUAUAGCUCAUAUGCACUAUAUGCAUAUAGGAAGCGCGAUAUAGAAAUUGUAUUCUUCGUGAUCAGUUAAGCCUAUUUUCAGUUAAUAACAAAUUGCAACUGUUAUUUAUCUGAGACAAAUUGAAACAACGUUUUAAAGAUAUUAAAUAUUAUCUUGGUUUUCCUUUUCAGAAUAAAUUAUUAAUUUAAGAUCAUGUAAAUAAUUGCUCACGGGCCAAUAUGUUUUUGAUAAUACCAUUUACAGAUAAAGGUUUAUUUUUACAGGGUUUCCAAAGUGUUAAAUAUUCAAGAUUUUUACAACUGAACAGAAUUGAUUGUAUAAGAAUACAGAGGCUGCUAUCUUAAUCUUACCAUCUUAAAUUUAUCUAGAUUUAAUGGAUUAACUGUAAGUUUUAAAUUGCAUGUAUAUGAUACCAGAUUAAUAGAUUUGGCUAUUUGGCUAUUAUGUGUUUGUAACUCCAAUUUAAACAG